AUGGUGAUAGAAGGAGACCAUGACAUUGAACAACAGGCUGGAAAUCAAACAUUUGUUUCUUAUAGUUCGCGAUUUGCGUUCCCCUCAGAAGAGAGUGGAUCAUCAUCUACAUUAUUCUAUUCUUUUAAUGCCGGGGGAAUUCACUUCAUAAUGCUUGGUGCCUACACAGCCUAUAACAAAUCAGCCGAUCAGUACGUGUGGUUGGAGAAAGAUCUGGCUAAUUUUGACAGAAAUGUGACUCCUUGGUUGGUAGCUACAUGGCACCCACCAUGGUACAGCACCUACGUGGCACAUUACAGAGAAGCGGAGUGUAUGAGAGUCGAGAUGGAAGACAUACUUUAUAAGUAUGGUGUUGAUAUCGUCUUCAAUGGCCAUGUUCACGCCUACGAGAGGUCAAAUCGAGUGUAUAACUACACUUUGGAUCCCUGUGGUCCUGUAUAUAUAACAGUUGGUGAUGGUGGUAACCGAGAGAAGAUGGCAAUUGCACAUGCUGAUGAACCCGGAAACUGUCCAGAACCGUGUACAACUCCAGACAAAUUUAUGGGUGGCUUUUGUGCAUUUAAUUUCACAUCAGGCCCCGCAGCAGGAAAGUUCUGUUGGGACCGGCAGCCUGAAUAUAGUGCAUAUCGAGAAAGUAGCUUUGGUCAUGGGAUUCUAGAGGUGAAAAAUGAGACUCAUGCUUUAUGGUCCUGGCACCGAAAUCAGGACUUCUACGGAUAUGCUGGAGAUCAAAUUUUUAUUGUAAGGCAGCCUGAUAGCUGUCCAGUUAUAGAGUUUUGA